UUUGGCAUCCCAGAGAUGGUCCAAAGUGAUUCCUCAGGGAAGGAAAAAGAGCGCAAAUCACCCGAGCGGGAGCUGAGGAGGAGUUGAGCCGCUGCUGCCCGGGACUGCCUCUUAAUUGCGCGUAAUCUUCCGUUUCAUUCAUCUGAGCUGAGAGAGAGAGGAGGGGAAGACUUUGUAAAUAAGGAAACGGAGCUAAGGAAAGCGAAACGUGUUUUCAUCUCCUCGUUUUUCGUUUUCUCUUUGGACUGUUUGUUUGCAAGGAAAAAAAGAAAAGAGAGAGAAAGAGGGGGAAACUGACAUUUUUGCUCGCGUUUGUGUCAGCUGCACCUUGAUCCCGGGGACUGUCGCCAACUCAGUGCAGCCUCUCAUCCUGCGCUUCCCCCCUCUUUUAUCGUUUCUCACGCUGUUCAUCUUCACACAGCUGCUGCUUCCCCACUCCGUUUUCCUUCUGGAGUCGCUGACACGAGGUGCAGCUAACCUCGGAUGCUGACAGCUCCCGGCCUCCCUUUAUUCUUUCUUUCUUUCUUUUUUUCCCUUCCACAUGUCGCAUCUUUUGUUUACUUUGAGAAACACGCCGCAACUAAACGCCGAGUGAAACAGACCACGCCACUUUGCUCGUUCUGACAGCGCGAUCAAACAGACACGCAAGAGGAGGGGAGGCAGGAGGGGAAAAGAAGAAGAAGAAGAGAGAGAGAGAGUGAAAGGAGGGAGCCGAGGAGAGGAGGAGAGAGAGGGGGGAGAGAGAGAGAGAGUGAGUGAGUGAGAGAUAGAGACAGUGUGAAGGUGCGUUUUGAUGUUUGGCAUCCACGAGAGCAUCCAGAGGAGUGGGAGUAGUAUGAAAGAAGAGCCCAUGGUGGCCGGGAUGAACGCGGUUCGGACAUGGAUGCAGGGCGCCGGGGUGCUGGACGCCAACACAGCCGCCCAGAGCGGAGUGGGUCUCGCUCGGGCACACUUCGAGAAACAGCCGCCCUCCAACCUCCGCAAGUCCAACUUCUUCCACUUCGUCCUGGCUUUGUACGACAGACAGGGUCAGCCUGUGGAAAUAGAGAGAACCACUUUCGUCGACUUUGUAGAGAAGGAAAAGGAAAUGACGGGGGAAAAGACCAACAAUGGGAUCCAUUAUAGACUUCAGCUCCUCUACAGUAACGGGAUCAGGACGGAGCAGGACUUGUAUGUUCGUCUCAUUGACUCUAUGACUAAACAGGCCAUUGUUUAUGAGGGCCAGGACAAAAAUCCAGAGAUGUGUCGGGUGCUGCUGACCCAUGAGAUCAUGUGCAGUCGAUGCUGCGAUAAGAAGAGUUGCGGCAACAGGAACGAGACCCCAUCAGACCCUGUCAUCAUCGACAGGUUCUUCCUCAAGUUCUUCCUGAAGUGUAACCAGAACUGCCUGAAGAAUGCAGGGAACCCUCGAGACAUGAGGCGUUUUCAGGUGGUUGUGUCGACUACGGUGAGCGUGGAGGGUCACGUUCUGGCCGUCUCCGACAACAUGUUUGUGCACAAUAACUCAAAACACGGGCGCCGAGCUCGGAGGCUGGACCCGUCAGAAGGAACACCAUCCUACCUGGAACACGCAACCCCCAGCAUCAAAGCCAUCAGCCCUAGUGAAGGCUGGACCACAGGGGGCGCAACAGUCAUCAUCAUCGGGGACAACUUCUUUGACGGCCUACAGGUCAUCUUUGGGACAAUGCUGGUCUGGAGUGAGCUCAUCACCCCCCAUGCCAUCCGCGUCCAGACUCCACCCAGACACAUCCCCGGGGUGGUGGAAGUCACACUCUCCUACAAAUCCAAACAGUUCUGCAAAGGCACACCUGGACGCUUCAUCUACACAGCGCUGAACGAGCCAACCAUAGACUACGGCUUCCAGAGGUUACAGAAGGUCAUUCCCAGACACCCUGGAGAUCAAGAGAGAUUACCUAAGGAGGUGAUUUUAAAGAGAGCGGCAGAUCUGGUGGAGGCCUUGUACGGGAUGCCUCACAAUAACCAGGAGAUGAUUCUGAAACGAGCAGCGGAUAUCGCGGAGGCCCUCUAUACAACAGUCCCAAGAGGGCACAACCAGCUAGCCAGUCUUGGCAGCAGCUCUGUUCAUGCUGGCAUGAUGGCAGUAAACUCCUUCACCGGGUCAGAGGUGGCACAAACAGCCAAUCAGGGUUUCAGUAGGAGUACAAGCAGUGUGUCCCCUCAUGGUUAUGUCCCCAGCUCCACUCCCCAGCAGAGUAGCUACAGCUCUGUCUCCACUAGCAUGAAUGGCUACGCUAACUCUGGCAUGGCAACCUUGGGCACCUCGCCCAACUUCCUCAAUGGAUCUGCAGGCAACUCGCCCUAUGCUAUCGUCCCGUCCAGCCCGACGAUGGCGUCGUCGACCAGCCUGCCCUCCAACUGCAGCAGUUCCUCCGGCAUCUUCUCCUUCUCUCCAGCUAACAUGGUGUCUGCAGCCGUCAAGCAGAAGAGCGCAUUUGCCCCCGUUGUUCGACCCCAGAAUUCCCCUCCUCCCACGUGCACCAGCGCUAAUGCUAACAGCCUGCAAGAUCAGUCUUUUGUGGACUCUAGCAAGUACUCAUCAGCCAGCUCUCUGCAGGGCCUGGCCUUCUCCUGAACAGCGAUUCCCGGGAUGAUCGUUCCACCCAUGUAGAGGAUCUGGGAUAGCUGGAGAUUUGGGAAUGUUGAGAGGAAAAAAAAAGACACAGUAGCGGAGUCUGGCGAGUCUCUGUUAUGCUCCGGAGCUGAACUGAAGGAAGUCAAGAUAAAGACGCAGGACUCUGUUAAACUCAGGCCUUUCCAUUGGGAUUUCAUCUGAAGGCGAUAGGAGAGAAGGAAAAAGGGGACAAUAUGAACCUUUUGUGAUGUUAUUUCCCUCUUGGUUGAAAUAGUGUAGCUUCUCUGACACCAUGUUGGAUGGAGUGUAUAGAGACUGAUAGUUUGCCCACAGUGUGACACUGACCUCAUGAAAAGAGCAUUUAUUUAUCUUUGUGUUUAUGCCUGUAAGGUUUGGGUUUGAUUACUGGAGGCCCCCACGCCGCCUUGCAAUCCAUAAUUCGCACAAACAACAGUGAAGCGUUGGUUUGGCCACGAAGUUUACAAUAACUUCUGUCACAAAUGAAGGAGCUUUCCUUAGCGUUUCCGCCUCUCUAAAACCACAGAACGACACAGUGGCCAAGUGGAGAAGGGGGAAAAAAAAGUUCAACAACACAGAAAAAAAUAGAAAAUCAACCAUUGAUUUUGCUGCUAAUUUUCCAAUAAAUCUUAAAAAUUGUCUAGCAAAACUGCCCUAUGCUGUUUAAACAUCACGCCUUGCUUUUCUUUUCUUUUUUUAAAAUCUCUCUCUCUCUCAUUUUGGUUGGUUUGUUUGAAUUUUAAUAAAACUGUGAGGAUAGAGCUGUUUGCAAUAUGCUUUUUCUGCUUGACAUGUGAAGACAAGGUGACGAUGAGAAUUUAGCCAAAACUGACGAGGUUUUUAGCGAAGACUUGAAAAGCCAGAGGAUGUGUGUGCGUCCAGCCAGCACUGUAACUGAAGGAGCCUAGCAAAUAUCAAAUUAGAAUAAAUGCGUGAUAUAUGUGAUAUAUUUUUGUAUAUAAAAAAAAUGUUGAUUUUGGGUUUUUUUCACUUCUUUACUCUUUUUUUUGCGAUAGCUCUAGUUUGAAAUGUAAACAUUAAAUGUCUUAAGGCAGCUUCUCAGUACAGAAGAUAGAUUUACUGCGUCUUGUCAAUAUCUCAUUUGCUAAACAUGAGAAACAUGGAUUUGGAUACAAAAAGGGGAUCCCUGUAAAAUACCCUAUAAAUAAUGUAUUUAUCCCUUGUAUUUGUACAUUGACUCUCACCCUCGUUUAGUUGUGUUGUGUAAGUUUAAUACAGUAAGUGAACACUUUUUGCAGUGUUUCAUUUCAUUAUUUGCUGUUGUCUCUCACUAUUUAAAUGUGACUUUUUUUUUAAUCUUUGUUCCUUUUUGUUUUUUGUAUGUUGUUUUGCAUCAGUAUGCCAUGCUUCUGUUUGUUGAUUCAAAACAUGCCAUUGUCUAUUUUUGUAUUAUUUGUAAGUUAAUAAAAAAAUCUUUUUUUUUCCUUAUGAAAAUGUUUAUUGUACGGCAAAAAAAAGUAGCAUCCUAUUCAGAGUAUUUCGUUGAAGUAGAUUUUUUAAGAAUAUAAACACACAUUAAUAUAUACUGUAAAUCUAUAUCUUUUUGUUUGAACUCUGAGGCUUUCAGAUUGAUACUGUUCUUGAACUGAUAAUAUGCAUGGGUUCUUCUCUUGAGUGACUCUUUCUUUUUGUGUGUGGAAAACCAAGAGAACAAACAAAUUGCUCUGUUUUUCUUUCUUUGUGUUCCUCUUUUUCGCCUCCCUCCUCUUCCUCCUCCUCCUCUGUUCUUCCCUAUGUUAUUUAUGCCUGCUUACAUACUGUAUCUAUAUACUCUUUCUUUUAUUUCUGUCACUGUAAUCUUUACCAGCAGUCUAGAUGCCUUAACAAUGCAAACCCAUUCUUCAUUCAAUCAUGUGUACAGUUUUUCUACCCUCACCACAAUUGUCUGUUGCCACAGAGGAAUUCAUGAGAACUUGGGGACAAAGCACAAACCCACUCUGUUUGGUGGUAAAUCCAGACUAGAAUACAAAGAGCCAUAAUUCAACAAUCACACACACACACACCCCGAUGUACUAUAAUACUGCAGCAAUGGCACGCUUUGAAGGACAAGUCGGAGCGGCCUUUCUCAGCUGUGCUUCCUGCACGUUCGCAGAAACACUUUUUGUAGCAAUUAUGUAGCUUUUUUUUUAAUGAUUUUGACAGCAUGAUAGUAACGUUUCUCAUCAACCACAGGAUCACAACAGUACGACAACACAUGGCUGUUUUUAUUGUAGUACAGAGGGGCGCACAGUGAAGACAAGCGCUGCCACAGCACAAUUUUAAUCUCUACACGGAGUCGUAGGUCUGACUCCAGUAUCCGACAGUCAACCCCCCCCCCCCAGUCCUUCGCUGUCUGUAUUGGCCUUUGGACAAUACAGCUUCAUUUCAAGCUAAACAAGACUAAAAAGAA